AGUGUUACAGAACUAAAUCUUGCAGAUAAUCCAGCUUGGAGUGGUGAUAAAGAGAGCAUAAAAGGUGACAAGUACGAUGACCUACAGUGUGCACGUUUUAUAUGCCCCGUGGUGGGCUUGGAGAUGAACGGAAGGCAUAGGUUUUGCUUCUUACGAAACUGCGGCUGUGUGUUCUCUGAACGUGCGCUCAAAGAAAUUAAAACAGAAGUUUGCCACAGGUGCGGUGUUCCUUUUCAAGAGGAAGAUGUGAUUAUCCUUAAUGGUAAUAAAGAAGAUGUGGAAAUACUGAAGAAAAGAAUGGAGGAUAGAAGACUUAAAAGUAAACUAGAGAAGAAAAAUCAAAGAUGCAAGUCAGCAGAAUCAGCUUCUCAGCAAGGUACUUCUGAAGAUUCUGCAGGUCCUUCAAAGGUUAAGAACGGAAAAGAUUCCACCAGUGCCACUUCUAAAGAAAAGAGGCAGAUUAUAUUCACCAAGAGUACAGAUAAUGGAAGUUCAUCUGUGCCAGCAAAAGCCAAUAAAGGCUCUUCCAGUUCCACGAAGAGAUCCAUUGCAGACAGUGAGGAGAAAUCUGAGGCGUACAAAUCUAUUUUUACAACACACAGCUCAGCAAAACGCUCAAAGGAAGAGUGUUCCAAUUGGGUUACUCACACAGCAUACUAUUUCUGAAACAAUGAUGUGCCUGAUUGUAGCAUUCAUUACCACUUUCCUUCCCUAAGGCUUUUUUCUGUACAACUCUGAUACAGAACAUUUGUUGCAAUCUGAUGUUAUCUAGAAUUAUUCAGUCUGCAAGUUGUUUAUAAACCUGGGAAUAACUAAUGAACUUGUGUUAGUUGCAACUUCUAUUAAAUAUAAAAUAGAAGACCAAAAUCCA